ACCGAAGCAUGUCCUGAUUGGCUUCCUCCGGAGGCGGGGAAGGGACCUAUUUGAGCCUGGCACCACUUCCUGAAGCGCGAGGCAGGAAGUUAUCUGGUACUUCGCGUGUCCUGUGGAGAAAGUGCUCUUUGCCUGGUUUGUGGCGGCGAGCUAGAGGUGGGUCAGGGGACAAGCCCUUCGGUCCCGCCGCAGCUAGGAGCCCGUUCCCUUCGCAGCACCACGGCCACCACUUCCAGCCCCGAGCCCGGCGCAGUUGGCCGGGGAGCUCCUUCACGGUCCUUGUCACCGCUCCAAGGGCCAUCUACCCAGGCAUCGCCUGGGGCUCCAGCCGGUGGACUGGCUCCCGAUUUAAGCACCGUGGGCCGCAAGAAGUGCCCUUAUCGCCGGACGCCCUGCCUCCCUCCCUGAACCACCGAGACCCUGGUCCUGAGCGACCCGGGACUAGACUGAUCCAAAACGCUAAGCCCCGGCGCCCCACAGACGGGGCUCUGCAUCGUCUCCGAUAUGUCACCCACCAUCUCUCACAAGGACAACAGUCGGCAGCGGCGGGCAGGGACAUUCAACCACUCUAUGGAUAUGAAGAGCGGCCCUCUGCCGCCGGGCGGCUGGGAUGACAGUCACCCGGACUUGAUGGGCGGGGAAGGGGACAGAGAAGCUCUUCUGAGGGAUCCCGGCACUGAUUUCUUGAAAACCCCGCGGAGCUGCCGGGCUGAACUAAGCAGCAUUUUGUUACUGCUCUUUCUUUACGUACUUCAGGGCAUUCCUUUGGGCUUGGCAGGAAGCAUCCCACUCAUUUUGCAAAGCAAAAAUGUUAGCUAUACAGACCAGGCUUUUUUCAGUUUUGUCUUUUGGCCCUUCAGUCUCAAGUUGCUCUGGGCCCCAUUGGUUGAUGCGGUGUACUUUAAGAACUUUGGUCGUCGCAAAUCUUGGCUUGUCCCUACACAGUAUAUACUAGGAUUCUUCAUGAUAUACCUUUCCACUCGAGUGGACGAUUUACUCGGAAAUACCGAUGGCAAAACACCUGACGUGAUCGCUCUUACUGUGACUUUCUUUUUGUUUGAAUUCCUGGCCGCCACUCAGGACAUCGCUGUGGAUGGCUGGGCGCUAACUAUGUUAUCCCGGGAAAACGUGGGAUAUGCUUCUACCUGCAAUUCGGUGGGCCAAACAGCGGGCUACUUUUUGGGCAAUGUUUUGUUUUUGGCCCUUGAAUCUGCUGACUUUUGUAACAAAUAUUUGCGAUUUCAGCCUCAACCCAGGGGAAUCGUUACACUUUCAGAUUUCCUUUUUUACUGGGGAGCUAUAUUUUUAAUAACAACAACACUAGUGGCUCUUCUGAAAAAAGAAAACAAAGAAGUGUCAGUAGGUAAAGAAGAAACACAAGGAAUUACAGAUACUUACAAGCUGCUUUUUGCAAUUGUGAAAAUGCCAGCAGUUCUGACAUUUUGCCUUCUGAUUCUAACUGCAAAGAUUGGUUUUUCAGCAGCAGAUGCAGUAACAGGACUGAAAUUGGUAGAAGAGGGAGUACCCAAAGAACAUUUAGCCUUAUUGGCAGUUCCAAUGGUUCCUUUGCAGAUAAUAUUGCCUUUGAUUAUCAGCAAAUACACUGCAGGUCCCCAGCCACUAAACAUAUUUUACAAAGCCAUGCCCUACAGAUUAUUGCUUGGGUUAGAAUAUGCCCUCCUAGUUUGGUGGACUCCUAAAGUGGAACAUCAAGGGGGAUUCCCUAUCUAUUACUAUAUUGCAGUGCUGCUGAGUUAUGCGUUACAUCAGGUUACAUUGUACAGCAUGUAUGUUUCUAUAAUGGCUUUCAAUGCAAAAGUUAGUGAUCCACUUAUUGGAGGAACAUACAUGACUCUUUUAAAUACCGUGUCCAAUCUGGGAGGAAACUGGCCUUCUACUGUGGCUCUUUGGUUGGUGGAUCCCCUCACAGUGAAAGAGUGAGCAUCAAACCAGAGUUGUCGAACACCUGAUGGUAUUGAACUUUGCAAAAAAGUCGGUGGUGCUUGUGUUACAGUCCUGGAUGGUUAUUAUGUGGAGUCCAUUAUUUGUGUUCUAAUUGGAUUUGGUUGGUGGUUCUUUCUUGGUCCAAAAUUUAAAAAGUUACAGGAUGAGGGACCAUCUUCAUGGAAGUGCAAAAGAAGUAAUUAAUGUAUACUGGACAUUCUAGGAAGGUAAAUUUAGUUUUAAUUCAGAGAGUUAUGAUAAUUGGUGCACAGGAGUAUAAAAUAUUAUUUUAAAUAAGGAAAUUACUAAUAUAAAAUGCCAAAUGGUUAAAAUAAUAAAGACCUCUCUGUAUAUUUGAUCAUAUUUUUCCUUGCCUUGUUGAUGUAUUUAAAGUUUACUUAAGGUCAGGAAAUAUAUUCUGAAACAACUUUUCUGGCCUUGUUGUUUGAUUUAUAUCUUUUCGAUUUACUGACCAAAGCAUGUUUUAAGCUGCAGUGUAGUAGUCAUGGAUGGCAACCAUACAGUCAAGUAUUGGUAUUAGUACAUAUCUUUGAGCUGUAUUUAAAAUUUUGGCACAGUAUAUUAAAUACAAGACAGCUUGAUAUUCAGGUACUAACUACAACUAAUUUGACCUUGUUGGCAGUUAACAUCUUAUUUUGUUUUGUAAGUUGGUUAAAUGUUAUGUGGAAUUUGUUGAGAAGAAAAUGUAGACUGCUAAUGAAAUGCCAUUUUAGUUGUUAUUUUUCUGACUAUAAUCACAUUGUACAAAUGAAUGUGUUAAAAAGACUAUUUUAAAUGUAUUUCCUGCUUUUGUAAGCAUUAAAGAUUUAUAAGGAGAUUAUUCAAACUAUUUUUUAUAAAACAAAACCUAUGAUUUUAAUUUAUUGAUUCCCUCUACCCCCAUCCCCUUUUUUGGGAAUAUAUUUUGAUUUCUUAUUAACUUUUAUCCUAAAGCUUACAUAUUUUGUUUUGUUUUUGUUUUUUCCACAAGUGCUUCAUGACACACAAAUACAGCUAAUGAGGGGAUCAAAUAUAGUGUUGUAUGUAUGUAUGUUCAU